AUGGAGACUGCAGAGCCUGUCUCUUAUGAGUUCCCCGGCCACGCCGUGGGUGCGUUUGCACACAGACGUCCGAUGGACUCGACCCUGAACCAGAGCUUUCCCUUCUAUUCACAUCAAACAACGCCAUACUCGUUGCCUUACCAGACCUCGAGUAGCUUGCCUUACAGCUUCGCCCACUCCGUGGGUCACACACAUACACACCCAAAUCCCUAUCAGCAAUACCAUGUCCCUAGUCAGCACCCGAUACAGCCGCAGCCACUGCGCCUCACAACGGAACAACCGUUGCAAUCUCUUCCAGAGAUUCGCCCAGCGAAGAACGCCAUCAGCCAGACAGUAAAGUCUACUCCCGACCAUGGUACACGGGUGCAGCUUUCAAAUGGAGGCCACAGUUCCCCAGUCGGCACAACAGACGAAAAGCAAACACCCGCUGACAUCGCCUUCUCGACCAACGUGGAUGUCCUGAUGAAGGCAAUCCAGGCGAAGCACGCUCCGUCACCGACCCAGCAAUCACUGCCACCUCUCCAGCAUCUGGCACCAGCAUCACAAGCCUAUCCCACAUCCUACCCAACUGCCUCACCGACACCCCCACGCUGCUACCAUGAAAACGAAGGCCAGCUAUCACGCUCAGGCAAGAAGCGCAAAUACAACUGCACCCUGCCAGGCUGUGGCAAAAGCUUCGCGCAGAAAACACACCUGGACAUCCACAUCAGGGCACAUACAGGUGACAAACCAUUUAUAUGCAAGGAGCCCUCAUGCGGGCAACGUUUCUCGCAGCAAGGCAACCUCAAGACCCAUCAGCGGCGACACACGGGCGAAAAGCCCUUCCAAUGUGAAAUCUGUCAUAAGCGAUUCGCUCAACGAGGCAAUGUCCGCGCUCACAAGCUCACCCAUGAUCAAUCCAAACGAUUCGACUGCCGUCUAGAUGAAUGUGGUAAACAGUUCACCCAGUUAGGCAACCUCAAGUCCCACCAAAACAAAUUCCAUGCAGCAACCCUCCACAAUCUAACCAUCCGCUUCUCACAAAUGGGCGAGAACGGUCCGAUGAAUAUGAACCCCGCAGACCGCGAACUAUGGAUAUAUUUUGCUGGGCUGUACAAAAACAGCAACAAGGGUAUCAAGGGUCGUGGCAAGGACCGGCGGAUCUCGACGACGAAACGAUCCGAUGCACAGAGUAGUUGUGACUCUAUGGAUCGAAUACAGUCAGUUGAGUCCGAAGAGGGCGUUCCGAAGAUGCAGAUGCAGAUGCAGAUGCGUCGCGGCAGUUUUGAGGAUGGGUUUUCCGUUUAUAAUACUUCUAGCAGUGAUGGCGAUGAUGGAGAGCCUUAUUAUAUUGAUCGCAGGGCUCAUGUUCAUGUUCAUGGACAUGGACAUGGUCCUUGA